AUGGACGAGUCCCCUUCCAUCAGAAGCGUAAUCACCUCCUACCACGAAUUGAAUCCCACUGUCCUCGACGAGCUGGCCGAGCAGCCCACCGCCCUGGACUUUAUGCGCUAUGUCAGCACGAACCGCGGAUUUAUCGUCCGGAGAGGUGCCAAGGACUGGGAUGCGCUCAGGAAAUGGGACGCGGCAUACUUGCGUGACGCGAUGAAGGGCCGAGACGUCAAGGUCGCUGUCACGCCGCAUGGAAAUGCCGAUGCCGUGGUUGCGGACGAGGCCGGCAGACUGCUCUUCGUCGAGCCGUAUGAGGUGAACGAGCCUUUUGAAACUUUCCUCUCUGUCGUGCAGGAGGAUUCGCGCUCGCAAGACCGAUCCCGUGGACGGAAUGUCAGAUAUGCUCAGACACAAAAUGGCAAUUUGCCUUUCGAAUAUGCCAAUCUUGCAGGAGAUGUACCCACUCAUAUUGCCUUUGCAACCGAAGCCUUGGGACAGGAUCCAGAUGCCGUGAACUUUUGGCUUGGAAAUGAUCGAUCCACGACUUCUCUGCACAAGGACAACUAUGAGAACAUCUACGUGCAAGUUCGAGGACAGAAGCACUUUAUCUUGCUGCCACCUAUCGAAAUGCCUUGUGUGAAUGAGUCGCCACUUUCGUUUGCUCGCUAUCGACCUACGGAAGAUGAUGGAGAAGAUCUUGUCGUGGAGACCAACAAAGAUAUCGGGCCGACACCAGUACCAUUGUGGGAUCCAGACGAGCCUGAACUUCGACCAACAGUCUACUCCAAAUACUCCAAACCGCUGAAAGUCACUCUCAAUGAAGGCGACAUGAUGUACUUGCCUGCCAUGUGGUACCACAAGGUGGGGCAAGGCAAUGGAGAUGAGGGUUUUGCGUGCUCGGUGAACUACUGGUACGACAUGGACUUCAGCGGCAGCUUCUGGAGCAGCAAUGCAUUUGUCCGAGAUGUGUACAAUGCCAGCUUGACGAGUGUCUCGUAUCCGGCCUUGGACAUGCAAGAUGAGUGA